AUGAACUUCUCGUCCAAGUCAUCAACCUCCGGCACCUCGCAAGGCUUCACCAACAGCGGCCACGUCGCUGUGAGCGUGCCAGCCUCCAAGUUCAAAGCCAUUCGCUCGAGCAUCGACUCGAGUUUUGUCAACAGCGGCCAGGCCAUCCUCGAAGAAUCCACCGGGUACACGGGCUUCGCAGUCACCCCGUACACGCCGCGCGUGAUCGACCAGUGCGAUCGCUCACUGCACCACACCAACCGCAGCCAGUACGAAGCAAGCGUCGACCACAAGUCUCAAUGGUUCGUCACGACCAGCCCGCACGUGCACGAAUGCCUGACCGAGUUCCUCGGUACCUUCGUCAUGAUCUGCUUCGGUAUGGGCAGCAACGGCACGUGGCUCAGCAUCAACAUGGCGUGGGGUAUCGCCGUGCUCACGGGCGUGUACUGCUCCGAAGGCGUCAGCGGAGCGCACAUGAACUGCGCCGUCUCGUUCGCCCACGCGGUGUAUGGUCGUCUACCGUGGUGGAAACUGCCGGGCUACUGCGCCUCACAAGUGGUGGGCGCGUUCCUCGGCGCGUGUGCGAUCUACCUGCUGGACUACCAGAAGCUCAUGAAGGCCGACCCGAACAAGGAGACCACGCAGGCCAACUUCGCCACGUACCCGAACGAAGACAUCAACAACCUCACAGCCUUCUACUCGGAAGCGCUGGCUACGUGUAUGCUGCUGCUGUGCAUCUACGCCAUCACGGACCACCGCAACCGAUCACCCGACACCGUUGGCACCCCCUUUGCCUUUGCGUUGAUGGUCAUGGCUCUCGGUAUGAGUUUCGGCAUGAACACGGGCUAUGCGAUGAACCCUGCGCGAGACUUCGGUCCUCGUCUUUUCACGUACAUGGUGGGUUACGGCUCGAAGGUGUGGACUGCGGACGGGUAUUACUUCUUGAUCCCCAUCUUCGGACCCCUUAUUGGCGGCGUCGUCGGUGCGGGGAUGUACACAUUGCUGGUGCAAGUGCAGCAUCCGCACGAACCCAAGUUCUCUUGA